AGCCUUUGUAGGUUGUCUCCGUUGUCUCUCGGAUCUAUUUUUAUCUGACACACAGUCGGUAACGAAUUAACGUAUCGUUUUAAGCCACGUUUUAGCGGUUUUGAUCAAACAUAGUCGUACAUUUUGUUACAUUAAAGUUUAAAACCGAUAUUAAAGAAACCAUACACGCGUUUUACUCUAAAAAUCGACUCGAAGAAAGCAUAGCAACCGUCAGUUACAAUCUUAAAAACCUUCUGUCAAACAACAUGGACCAACUUGAAGUAUCUACAAAAGAAACCAAGAGCCCCUGGGGCGCUCCUGCACUAGCCCCUGCGCCCUGCUCUCUGGCUGAUGUAAUGAGUGAGCAACUGGCCCGACAACUGGAUGAGGAGGGCAGUGCUUUAUCACAGUGCCCAGAUUUCAGUCCUGAGCUGGACCUGGCCGGCACCGCUGAAGCAGACACAGACAGCGACCUGAUUCUGGCCCAGAUGCUUCAGAUGCAGUUUGAUCGUGAGUUUGACACGCAGCUGCGCAUAGAGGAGAAGAAGUUUAAUGGCGACAGUAAAGUCUCCAUAUCCUUUGAGAACUACCGCAUGGUCCAUCCAUAUGAGGACAGUGACAGCUCUGAGGAUGAGGUGGACUGGCAGGACACUCGCCAUGACCCAUACAGAGCUGUCAAACCAACAACAACUCCUAAAAAGGGCUUUGUUGGAAAGGGUAAGAACAUCACCACCAAACAUGACGAGGAGAUCUGCGGACGGAAGAACACGGCACGCAUGGACAAUUUUGCUCCAGAGGUGCACGUGGGCGAUGGGAUCGGCAUGGACCUGAAGCUGUCCAACCAGGUGUACAACGCUCUGAAACGCCACUGUCAGACAGAGCAGCGGCGCAGCGCUCGACUCCAUGAGAAAAAGGAGCACUCCACUGCUGAACAAGCUGUGGACCCCAAGACCAGACUGCUUAUGUACAAAAUGGUGAAUGCUGGGAUACUAGAGAACAUCAAUGGCUGCAUCAGCACAGGAAAAGAGUCGGUGGUGUUUCAUGCUAAUGGCGGAAGCUUUGAAGAAAAGAUUGUCCCAGAAGAGUGUGUGCUCAAGGUUUUCAAGACCACUCUGAAUGAGUUUAAGAACAGAGAUAAAUAUAUUAAGGAUGAUUACCGUUUCAAAGAUCGUUUCAGCAAGUUGAAUCCUCGCAAAAUCAUCCGCCUGUGGGCUGAGAAGGAGAUGCACAACCUCACCAGGAUAAAGAAAGCAGGGAUCCCAUGCCCGGAGGUGGUGAUUCUGAAGAAGCAUAUCCUUGUGAUGUCUUUCAUCGGGAAGGACCACGUUCCUGCACCGAAACUAAAGGAUGCCAUUCUGAACUCUGAGGAUAUGAAGAAUGCAUACUACCAAGUGCUAAAUAUGAUGCAGCGUCUGUAUCAGGACUGUAACCUGGUUCAUGCUGAUCUGAGUGAAUACAACAUGCUCUGGCAUGAUAGACAGGUGUGGUUCAUUGAUGUGAGUCAGUCUAUAGAGCCCACUCACCCACACGGUCUGGAGUUCCUCUUCCGGGACUGCAGGAAUGUGGCCACAUUUUUCCAGAAAGCUGGUGUAGCUGAAGCUUUCAAUGUGUUUGAGCUCUUCAACACCGUAUCCGGACUGCAGAUUAACAGCGAUAAUGAGGCUGAUUUCUUAGCCCAGAUCGAAGCCCUGGAGAAAAGAAACGAAGACCACGUGCAGAAAUCUGGCAAGAAAAUCUUCAGCGACACUUACGAAGGCAGUCCACCUCAAUUAAACACUGACGAUGAUUAACACAAACACAAUAGCCAAAAAAUGAGCAAAGUACCGGAGAGAAAAAUUCCUCCAGUCACAAAAUAACGGUGUGUAAUGGCUCACGAAACGCCCGUGUGAAAUACUCGCGCCAUAUCCUCCUCCUCCUCCUGCUGCUGUUCGGUGUCGAAUGAUAUUUCAUGGUCAUUCCAGACAUCAAGCACAACCUGUCAUUUUUAAAAAACAGACAGAUGUGGGAGGUAAAAAACUGAAAUACACAAAAAAACUAAUAUAGAGGCACAUGUGAUGUUUUAGAAUUAUGUGGUGUUAAUAAUGUGUCUCCUUUCACAAAAAGAGCAAGCCGAGAAUGAAAAUCUCUGGAUUUGUGUGUUGAUUUGAGCGUCAGUGAUGAGCUGAACCCAUGACUGCUCAAACUGUGCAUCAUGAGUGUUACAGCCUGGGGUUUUUAUAUACAUAUGUGGAAUCGUUUUACUAUCAAGAUGGCUAUUGUGGUAGAUUUGGUCCAUAAGAUCCUAAAUUGUCAAAUCAGCUAAAGGUGAAAAUAAACUAUUAAAUAGC